CACACCUCCUCCUCCACCUCCUCCACCACCACCUCCUCCACCACCACCUCCACCUUCUGCUCCACCACCAGUGCAGCUACCAGUAUCUUUAGAUCUUCCACUUUUCCCCCCAAUUAUGAUGCAGCCAGUGCAACACCCAGCAUUACCUCCUCAGCUUGCCCUUCAAUUACCACCAAUGGAUGCUUUAUCUGCAGAUCUUACUCAACUUUGUCAGCAACAGCUAGGAUUAGAUCCAAAUUUUCUACGACACUCUCAGUUCAAGCGUCCCCGUACCAGAAUCACAGAUGACCAACUGAAAAUCCUGCGAGCAUAUUUUGAUAUUAAUAAUUCUCCCAGCGAAGAACAGAUUCAGGAAAUGGCUGAGAAAUCUGGCCUUUCACAAAAAGUUAUUAAACAUUGGUUUCGAAAUACCUUAUUUAAGGAACGACAGAGAAACAAAGAUUCUCCAUACAAUUUUAGUAACCCUCCCAUAACGGUUUUGGAAGAUAUAAGAAUUGAACCACAACCCAGUUCUUUAGAACAUUACAAAUCUGAUUCAUCUUUAAGCAAGCGAUCAUCUAGAACUAGAUUUACUGACUACCAGUUGAGAGUGUUACAAGAUUUUUUUGAUACAAAUGCUUAUCCAAAAGAUGAUGAGAUUGAACAACUUUCAACUGUACUUAACUUACCGACUCGUGUUAUUGUUGUAUGGUUCCAAAAUGCACGGCAAAAGGCUCGUAAAAGCUAUGAGAAUCAAGCUGAAUCUAAAGAUAAUGAGAAAAGGGAGCUCACCAAUGAGAGAUACAUUAGGACUAGUAACAUGCAAUAUCAAUGUAAAAAAUGUAGUGUUGUUUUUCCUAGAAUUUUUGACUUAAUUACUCAUCAGAAAAAGCUGUGUUAUAAAGAUGAAGAUGAUGAUGCCCAAGAUGAAAGUCAAACAGAAGAUUCAAUGGAUGCCACAGAUCAAACUCUUUAUAAGAAUUGUACACUUUCUGGUCCAUCUGACUCAUCUAAAUGUAUGGCUGUAACAACAACAGCAAGCUCUGGAUCUGGUUCCAGUACUCCUUUAAUGCCAUCACCCAAACCUGAACCGGAAAAAAACUCUCCCAAACCUGAUUUAACAGAAAAGCCAAAGCAAAAUGAUACCAUACCUAAACAAGUUGAGACUUCCUCCCAAAGCAACAAAUCAAUGCAGUCUACACUAACAUCCUCCUCUGAUCCACAGCCCUCAGCUUCUCAAGCACAGCAACACAAACAAUCCCAAAUAGGAGGCAGACCACCUUCCACAUCGCAAGCUACGCCUGUUCCUUCCAGCCCUUUAACAAUUUCAAUGGCUCCUCUUCAAAAUAGUCUACCUCCUCAAUUACUGCAGUACCAGUGUGACCAGUGUACAGUUGCCUUUCCCACUUUAGAACUUUGGCAGGAACACCAACACAUGCAUUUCUUAGCAGCACAAAAUCAAUUCCUCCAUUCUCAGUUUUUAGAAAGGCCUAUGGAUAUGCCCUAUAUGAUAUUUGAUCCUAAUAGUCCUUUGAUGACAGGGCAGUUGCUGAAUAGUUCUUUGGCUCAGAUGGCACCACAAGUAGGUUCAACUCACACCACUCACCAUACUGCUUCAGUUCCUGGCUCACUUAAAAGAAAACUGGAUGAUAAGGAAGAUAACAACUGUAGUGAAAAAGAGGGAGGAAACAGUGGUGAGGACCAGCACCGGGAUAAACGAUUGAGAACUACAAUUACUCCAGAGCAAUUGGAAAUACUCUAUGAAAAAUACCUUUUGGAUUCCAAUCCUACCCGAAAAAUGCUAGAUCAUAUUGCACGUGAAGUAGGUCUUAAAAAGAGGGUUGUACAAGUCUGGUUUCAAAACACAAGAGCUCGAGAAAGAAAAGGGCAAUUUCGUGCAGUAGGGCCAGCUCAAUCUCAUAAAAGAUGUCCUUUUUGCCGAGCAUUGUUUAAAGCAAAGUCUGCUUUAGAAAGUCAUAUUCGCAGUCGACACUGGAAUGAAGGAAAACAAGCAGGUUAUAGUUUGCCACCAAGUCCUUUAGUAGCCAAUGAAGAUGGAGGAGAGAGCCCACAAAAAUACAUGUUUUUUGAUUAUCCAUCUUCCUUAACAAAAAUCGAUUUAUCAAGUGAAAAUGAAUUAGCUUCUACUGUCUCAACUCCUGUCAGUAAAACUGCAGAAAUGUCACCGAAGAAUCUUUUAAGUCCUUCUUCUUUCAAAGCAGAAUGCAAUGAAGAUAUUGAAAAUCUGAAUGCUGCGCCUGUGGAUAGUUGUUAUGAUCAGAAUAAAACUGACUUUGAUGAAACUUCAUCAAUUAAUACAGCAAUUAGUGAUGCUACAACGGGAGAUGAAGGAAACAAUGAAACAGAAAGUAUGAGUGGCGGUUCAAGAGAUGUGAAAUCUACAUCAACUCCUAAAGAGCCAAAAAACAUUCUAAAUGACAGUUUGCCAAAAAACACAAACAUGCCUAAUAUGGAGAACAGUGACGAUAAGUUUUUAUUCUCUCUGACGAGCCCAUCAAUC